CUAACGAUUUAUAUAAUGAGAGUAACUACAGCCUGUUUGCUUCAUCCUCUCCCGUGGAUUACCAACUACGCGGCUCAAAGGUCAUUUUCACAUCCUCCGGUCUUACCAGCAGUCUUGAUUCUGGGGCCUCCUCUCGACGGCUUCUUCUCGGUACUACCGUCUGGAUGCCAAUCCCUUCCUUCCACAAGCCAGAGUCAGUCUGGAACAGGACUAACCUCCGCUCAAGCUGCCAGAAAAUACGUUUGACCAGGGUAAAGCGAGGGGCCCUGGUAACAGGCCACAGCACACACCACCAUCUCCCUUACUUGUUCUCAUCCCAAUCCCGGUUCUAUCACAGCAAAUCAAGCAAUAAUGCCUCAGAUCAAGAGAUAGACCCAGAUGGCGCCACAUCGACGGUCUCCUAUUCAUCAGCUGCGUCUUGGCUUUCUCCUCCCAGAGCCGACGUAUCAGAAUGCAACAAGGCCUGCUCUGUGGACUUUCGGGUGCAUCUACCCCGCAAAAGUUCACUAAUACUGUCAUGCUUGAACGAUCCUUGCCUUCUCCGCAUUUCUCCGCAUUCGUGCCACAGAACGUGGGAUGAUUACAGAUCCUGGAGCACAGCAUGGGUUAGAAACCAUAGACGACAUGAAACGAUCACUGCGCGCGGAUGGUCUUCUAGAGAAUGGUUAAAUAUCAAAUUAUGAGCCAUGUCUUGCCUCUGUGCAGACCUCCUCUAUCUCAAUUAUCAAACCUGACCUUCUCCUACCGCCAUGAGGAACCAUAUGGAACUUGGGUGGUUUUAUUCUCCCAGCCAGAUUUCCCAUUACUUUACGACCCGUAUCUCCAGCUUGAAACCUCCAAAGACGAAGCUCAAGAAUCCUUAUAAAACCUUGAAGCAGC